AAAAUUAGGGAAUGGGAUUCCUUUCUCUCCAUCCAUUUUAUCUUCUUUUUUUUUUCUUUCUUAUCGAAAAAUGAAUGAUUCGCUUUAUUAAAAGAAAUCUCAUUCCAUUCCUCCAAAAUCAGAAUCAGAAUGAGAAUUUGAUUCCUCAAUUAUUUUUCUUUUCCCCAAAUUACCCUUUUCAUUAUUACCAAAUCAAUUCUCAGAUCAAUUCCAUCUCAUAAUAAACCCUAAUUUUCGCUAUUUUCAUGAUCACAGGAUGAAAAUGAAUAGAAAUACCAUAGAAAGAGGAAGAGGUAAGAACAAACAUUAUUGGACACACGACGAAGAUGCAGCAUUACUCGAUUCGUUACACGAAUUGUAUCAAAACGCCCUCUGGCGAGCUGAUUGUGGAUUCAAGAAUGGUUACUUAGCUCAAUUAGAGAUCAUGGUAGAAAGGAAGUUACCUGGUUGUGAAUUAAAGGCAUCUCCACAUAUCGAAUCGAGAAUUAAAACAUUGAAGGCGAAAUAUUAUGCUUUAGCUGAGAUGUUAUCUCAUAAAGGCUUUACUUGGAAUGAUAAACAGAGUAUGUUAGUAUGUGAAAGAAAUGUUUAUAAUGAUUGGGUUAAGAUACACAAAGAAGCAAAUGGACUAUAUGGUAAACAGUUUUUGCACUAUCCCAUAUUGAAGGAGAUUUAUGGUAAGGAACGUUGUAUCGGUGCCAUUGUACCGAUUUCUAUUGUAGGAAAGAAGGAGGAACUGGGAGAGGACGAUGAGGACGGGAUUCAUGAAGAUGAUUUGCCUUUAGAUGUAGAUUUGCACUUAAACCAUGGUGUUGAUAUGAAAGUUGAUACUCAAAUUGAUGGUUCGGAUUCAUCAGAAGAUUACGAAGUAUCGUAUACUCAACAACAACCGAGUAGUCACCGACGUAGAUGCAAAUCAGUAGAAAAUAGCCCGAGUGAUUCAAAUCGCGAUCGAAGGGUUAAAAUUCGGUUGAUGGAGGAGAUGGAUAAGAGUUUUGGGAAAAUGGCAACUUCUAUAGCAACAAUGGCACAGAAGAUUGAAGGUUUGACUAACAUUUGGUCAUAUAAUGGUGAGGUGGCUGAUAUGCAAUCUAAACUUGAUAAAGAGUUGACUAAAAUUGAAGGGUUGACUGAAUUACAAGUUUUCAGAGCUACAAACAUAUUGGCUACAAAACAUGAUUUGUUGAGAGUGUUCUUUUCAAUGUCUACUGAAAGGAAGAGAUCUUAUGUUCUCAAUCUCUUAGAGUAUGGGCUUUAGCCAUUGUGACUAACUAUAAUGAAUAAUAGGGAUUUUUUUUCAGAAAUAUGGGAAUUUAAUUGGCAAUAUAUACUAAUAUUGCUUUCCUAUAUAGUAUAGGUUUUAAAAUUUCACCCAAGAAAAGGCAUACUUAAUAAAAUUUCUUUUGCUAU